GAGAACCUGUAACAGGAAAAAAGAGAUCCGCGCACAAGCAGAAAUCUCACGCUUUGCUCAGUAGCUUCUGAAGGAUCAUAGUUUAAUCGUGAGCGCGAUCUCCAGCUACCGCGCAUAUGCAUUUAACUAAUGUUAUUCGUUGCACGGAGAUAGGAUUGUAAACCUGGAGGUUCUGCUUUUGUUUUGUUCGUAUUUUGUUCCUAUAAACGCACUGUGAUCACGAGCAAGCGGAGAAGUUUUCGCUCCUCUUCAGGAAUGUCCCAGAAGGAGAGACCCAUUUUCUACCGACAGGAGCUCAACAAGACUGUAUGGGAGGUACCGGAGAGGUACAAGGGCUUGUCACCCGUGGGUUCCGGAGCUUAUGGAACCGUAUGCUCGGCAAUUGACGUGAAGACGGGCUUGAAGGUCGCGGUGAAGAAGCUGUCCCGGCCGUUUCAGUCCAUCAUCCACGCCAAGCGCACAUACAGAGAACUGCGGCUGCUGAAGCACAUAAAACACGAGAAUGUAAUUGGCCUUCUGGAUGUUUUCACGCCCACCAUCGGCCUAGAGGAAUUCAGUGAUGUGUACCUGGUGACUCACCUGAUGGGCGCAGACCUCAACAAUAUCGUCAAGUGUCAAAAGUUGACGGACGACCACGUGCAGUUCCUUAUUUACCAGAUCAUACGAGGGUUAAAGUACAUUCACUCAGCAGACAUCAUACACAGAGAUCUUAAACCCAGUAACUUGGCUGUUAAUGAAGACUGUGAGCUUAAGAUUUUGGACUUUGGCUUGGCCCGGCUCACAGAUGACGAGAUGACGGGAUACGUGGCCACCCGGUGGUACCGUGCCCCGGAAAUCAUGCUCAACUGGAUGCACUACGACAUGACAGUGGACAUCUGGUCGGUGGGCUGCAUAAUGGCCGAGCUCCUCACAGGACGGACCCUGUUUCCCGGCACUGACCAUAUAAACCAGCUUCAGCAGAUAAUGCGUCUGACAGGAACCCCACCGGCUUCUCUAAUAAACAGGAUGCCCAGCCACGAGGCAAGAAACUACAUCAACUCUCUGCCGCAAAUGCCCAAGCGAAACUUCGCAGAUGUGUUCAUCGGUGCAAAUCCAUUAGCUGUCGACCUGCUGGAGAAAAUGCUGGUUCUGGAUACAGAUAAACGCAUCACUGCGUCAGAAGCUCUCGCCCACCCAUACUUCGCCCAGUACCACGACCCGGAUGACGAGCCAGAGGCAGAACCCUACGACCAGAGCUUUGAGAGUCGCGAGCUCGAAAUUGACGAGUGGAAACGUCUCACGUAUGAGGAAGUGGUCAGCUUUGAGCCUCCCGUGUUCGAUGGAGAAGAGAUGGAGUAGUGAGGAAUCCCAUCGACUCGCCAGACUUUCAUCCGUACAGGAAAUGACAUUUAAGUGCCUGCCAUCAUCAACUGCUGGCUUCCUUCGUUCUCUGAGACCGCUUAACAAUGCCUUCAUAAACACUCAAUGUCACAUGAGGGAAGGAAAAACACAUGCCAACUUCUCUGCUUGAAUUGCUAAAGGACACGGAAUGUAACUUUUGGGCUGCGUUUUCAUGCCCCACCCUUCUUUCUACUCCCAAAAUUAACAGCUUUCAUUGCCAGAGUGUAGUCGAGCAAGAAAACAAAAGUCAGCCAGUCAGAUUACUAUCAGCUUUCGGGUAUAUUUAGUGGCGCAAAACAUUUACCUUGCUUGUAGCCUAUACAAUGCCGAAGGCCAGACAAACUGCGUACUGUCGUGAUACUAAGUUUUAGAUAUGUAAAUAAAAGGGCACAGCUGUAAAUAAACAUUGAUGUGCGAUUAAAUUUUAUUUACGUUUGCAGCAAAGCACAGCAACGCAGAAUGUGACCUUUGUUGUAAAUCACAAAAAAAAAAUGAACUUAACCGUAAAUCAAAUCAUAUGCAGAGAAUGUUAUUACUAUUUAGAAUGUAAACAGAUCAGUAUGCGGAUACAAGUGUCUCUGUCAUUGACAAUAGUAGAUGAUGGGAAUAAUAAAUGAAUACUGCUUAUAUGAACGCACUCAUGAUCGAAAUAUCUUGGAAAUUAUUAAAGGGAUAGUUCACCCAAAAAUGAAAAUUCUGUCAUAAUUUACUCACCCCCAUGUUGCUCUAAACCUGUAUGUUUUUAUUUUAUUUUAAUUAAAACAAAUGAAGAUAUUUGGAUGAGUGGUAAGCACACAGUUGACCGGUUGACUGAAAACAAUCGUAUUUGUUUUUCCUGCUAUGGAAGUCAAUGGUUACAAUAAUCUGUCUGCUUACCAUUAUUUAUCAAAAUAUCUUCAUUUGUAAAUUUAGUUCUCAUCUGAAAAACGUUAAACACUUAUGGUUUUAACGACAUGAGAAUAAGAAAAUGAUGACCAGAAUUUUCAUUUUUGGGUGAACUGUCCCUUUAAGAGAAAAUCGUUUUAAUGGUGUUCAUCUCGUGCAUGAAAAGGAUUGUCUUAGAAUGCAUCUGGAAUUCCUCACAAUAUUUGACAUGGUUUAAUCUUGUAAAAAAAAUAAUAUGAUAGUCAUACAUUUCACACCAAGAUCAAAAUAAAUUUUCACUGUGCUUCAAGAAUAUCUCACUGUCGUAAUGAAUAUGAAAAACGAUAUUAUUAAAUUAAUAGUAUUUAUAAAUCAUAGUUGUAUUUGUCCAUACAAAUACAGGAGUAAAUCGAUAUUUAACGUGAAUGAGAAUCACAGUUGAAAAUUAGAAUAGGAAAAACUUUUAAUAAAAAAAUUAUUCAUUCAAUUUACUAAAUUUUUUUAAGGUAAGUGGUUGCAGUAAUUUUAUUUAAGCUAAAUUUAAAUAAAAGUUUUUUUGUUUUGUUUUUCCAAAUUUUUUGUUUAAAUGUAGCUUAAAUAAAUUGUUUGCGGCCACUUACCCUAAAAAAUUUGAGUAAAUUGAAUGAAUAAUUUUUUUUGUGUAUUAUAGUAAGAAUUUGGUUGUUGUGGAAAACAAUGUCCAAAUUUUUCUCUUUGAUUUCGGUUUGAAAUGUGACUUUGAUAUGUUCUUGAGAUUCACCGUUUAUCUGCCUGAUGGUCCUCCGGGUUGCCCGUCUGUUAUUAAAAUGCAGGCCGCUCCUCUAGCUAGACUAGACUGUGGUUUCUCUCUCCAUUAUCUUUCAUUAAUUUAUUAUUUAUAGAAAUUGAGAGAGAUGCGUUUAAAAUGGUAAACGUGGUUUUAACAGGAAGUAUAUCAUUAGAAUAACUUUAUUUGUGCAUUGUGGUGCACAUACAACAGUUCUCCAUUUUUAUGCUAUACCUUAGAUCAGGGGUGCUCAAACAUUUUGCGGCCAGGGAGGGACUUUCCAAGGACUAAGCUUCUUACCUUAAAGCAUAUUUUUAAAAGCUUUUAUAAAAUCAGCAGUAUAUAGCAAGACUGACAUGGUUCUUAAUAAUACGACACAAUUAUAUUUACAACAAAAUAUUUUACAGAUCCCCUGGCUAAGCAUUCAGGACCACCCAGCUUAGAUCACAUGUUCAGCCUACAAGUCCAUGUUUGUGAAAAAUGGAAAGAACCUGAGCCAAUACUCCCGUUAUUGUGUUGAGCAUGAUGAUUUAACAUCCCAGUUUAAGAAAUUCCUGUCUCUUCGGGAAUGUGUGUGUCAAUCAGAGCCGAUAUCUAAGUUAUUGUAUCAGUUCAGUUGUUUAUGAUUGUUUUUAAAGUGUCUUCUUUUCCACUGUAUAUUAUUACUUAAUUUUAUUCAGCAAUAUUUUCUGCGUUGAGCAUGUAUUUUUUAUGUGAAAGGGGUGUUUCUGUUUGUAUGCACAUUUAUAGUUGUGGAAAAUCACAAGACGUGUCUCGUUGAAAAGAUAUCAUGGUGCAUUCAGCAGCAAAUCUGUUAAGUAUGGUUUAUAUUUUGUUUUGUUGCAUGGUAUGCAUUUCUCAUGGUUGAGGUCAUCAUACCUCUCAUUCAGGCAUGUAAUCGGUUUUUCCUCAUUCACUCAUACGUUUAGUGGUUUGUGGAUGACCACUGCUAUACAGAAAUAAAGGCAAUUAUUUUUCACAACA